GCGAACAUGUGACCGCCGUGAAGAAGCAGAGGACGUAAAGAUGGCGGAGCGGGCAGACGACCGGACAGUAACACAGCAGCUGAGUCGUGUGUAACGGUUGCUGUUGUAGUUCCGUGCCGGGCCGUGUCGGUGUGUGACCGGGGGAGGAUGGCCCACCGCUACCUGCGGCUGUCCGCGGGCUGCAGGGGCGUGUUCCGGCUGCUGCCACCUUCCAAAGCUCCGGCCAGGCUGGUGAUGUUCUCGAACACAGCUGGACAGGUAGGCAGUGGGCGGAGCCUGCUGACAGAGCUGCUGGGAGCAUACCAGAGCUCCAAACCCCCGAAAGGUUUUGAAAAAUAUUUUCCAGAUGCUCAGAAACCUGUGAAUAAGUCUGAGACUGAAGCUGCAGCUAAAGAAACUAAAGCUGCUGAUGCUCCAAGGACCUCUGGGAGGGGGGGAGGGGGGGAUGGAGGAGGGAAGCGAGGAGGGCGGAAGGAGGAGCCUCACUGGUACAGUCGCCUGCAGAAGGGGGACAUUCCCUGGGACGACAAAGAGUUCCGUCUGUACUUCCUGAGCGGGGUCGCCUUCUGGACCACCGUCACAUAUUACUUCCUCUUCAGGGAUGGAGGUCGGGAGGUCACCUGGAAGGACUUUGUCAACAACUACCUGUCUAAAGGAGCGGUGGAACGACUGGAGGUCGUCAACAAGCGUUACGUCAAAGUGAUUUUCCCUGCGGGGAAGACUUCUGUGGACGGAUACAUCUGGUUCAACAUCGGCAGCGUGGACACGUUUGAGCGGAACCUGGAGACGGCGCAGUACGAGCUCGGCAUCGAGGGGGAGAACCGCCUGCCGGUGGUUUACUCCACAGAGAGCGACGGCACGUUUCUACUGAGCAUGCUCCCCACGGUGCUCAUCAUUGGCUUCCUGCUGUUCAUGCUGCGGCGGGGACCGGCGGGGGCGGGGCGUCCCGGCCGGGGGAUGGGUGGACUCUUCAGCGUCAGCGAGACGACGGCAAAGAUCCUGAAAGAUGAGAUCGACGUGAAGUUCAAAGACGUGGCGGGCUGCGAGGAGGCCAAGCUGGAGAUUAUGGAGUUUGUCAACUUCCUGAAGAACCCGAAACAGUACCAGGACCUCGGUGCCAAGAUCCCCAAGGGCGCCAUCUUGACGGGUCCUCCAGGAACAGGAAAGACUCUCUUGGCCAAAGCGACGGCCGGCGAGGCCGACGUCCCGUUCAUCACCGUGAACGGCUCCGAGUUCCUGGAGAUGUUUGUGGGCGUCGGUCCAGCGAGGGUGAGGGAUCUGUUUGUCAUGGCGAGGAAGAACGCCCCCUGCAUCCUCUUCAUCGAUGAGAUCGACGCCGUGGGACGAAAACGUGGACGAGGGAACCUUGGAGGACAGAGUGAACAGGAAAACACUCUGAACCAGCUGCUGGUGGAGAUGGACGGGUUCAACACAGCGACCAAUGUGGUGGUUCUGGCAGGAACCAACCGACCCGACAUCCUGGACCCGGCUCUGAUGAGGCCCGGACGCUUUGAUAGGCAGAUCUACAUCGGUCAUCCUGAUAUCAAAGGUCGAGCAUCCAUCUUUAAAGUUCACCUGCGUCCUCUGAAACUGGAGACAAAUAUGGACAAAGACGCCCUGGCUAGGAAGAUGGCCGCCCUCACACCCGGAUUCUCAGGUGCCGACAUCGCCAACGUCUGCAACGAGGCGGCUCUGAUCGCUGCUCGCCACCUUUCAGACGCCAUCAACCAGAAACACUUUGAACAGGCCAUCGAGAGGGUCAUCGGAGGUCUGGAGAAGAAGACUCAGGUGCUGCAGCCGGAGGAGAAGAAGACGGUGGCGUAUCAUGAAGCCGGCCACGCGGUCGCCGGAUGGUUCCUGGAACAUGCCGACCCGCUGCUAAAGGUGUCCAUCAUCCCCAGAGGGCGGGGCCUGGGUUAUGCUCAGUACCUGCCUAAGGAGCAGUACCUGUACACCAGGGAGCAGCUGCUGGACCGGAUGUGUAUGACUCUGGGAGGACGCGUCUCCGAGGAGAUCUUCUUUGGACGGAUCACCACCGGAGCUCAGGACGACCUCCGAAAGGUCACCCAGAGCGCCUACGCACAGAUCGUUCAGUUCGGGAUGAACCAGAAGGUCGGUCAGGUUUCCUUCGACCUCCCGCGUCAGGGCGAGAUGGUUCUGGAGAAACCGUACAGCGAAGCAACGGCUCGUCUCAUCGACACCGAGGUCAGAACCCUCAUCAGAGAGGCGUACCAGAGAACCCAGCAGCUGCUGAGCAGUAAGAAGGCCGAGGUGGAGAAGGUGGCGCUGCGGCUCCUUGAGAAGGAGGUUCUGGAUAAGGGCGACAUGGUGGAGCUGCUGGGUAAUCGUCCAUUUGCGGAGAAGUCGACGUACGAAGAGUUUGUUGAGGGAACCGGAGGCGAGGACGAGGACACGACUCUACCGGACGGUCUCAAAGACUGGAACCAGGAGAGGACAGAGAAGGAAGAGAGUCAGGACGAACAGGUGGCCCGUCAGAUCUCUGGAGGAAUGCCCUUCUAGAACCUCCCAUGGAUGUCUGGGCUCCACUACAAACACGGACCUCUCAUUCUCGUGUAUAAAAUAUCAUCUGGAACAUUUCGGAGGUUUGAGCCCUCCCUCCUCACGUAAACAUCAAGAACUCUUAUCUGUGGAGUUCUGUACCAAACCCAUAACUGUCCCCUGUCAAGUUCCUCAAUGUUCUGUUGGAUGUUUGGGUUCUUCCACAAACCCCCCUUGUCUCCAUCGGUGAGGUCAAACACCUGCUCCCUGACGUUCAGAACAAUCAACCUGCCUGUUGUCUUCCUGCUCCAAAGAUAAACAGUCGCCUGAUGAACUCCACACGUUGUUCUGUUGGAUGUUUGGGUUCCACCACCAACACAAACUGUCACACGUUCCAAAGUCACUUCAUCAAUCUGCUGCAGAACCAAUUCACUCUAUUCAAUAACUCUCAACACACACUCCUAAAUCCGACUGCCGGGAAUGACCUUCUUGACCUAGAACCUUCACCUGAUGGAACCACACAGUUUACUCAAAGGAAACAUUAUAUCAUUUUCUUUGUUGACCCCAAGGGCCGAACUAUCAGAUUCAUAAGUUCUGAUGUGAUCUAUUACACCUCAUCUUUACUCUGCUGGGGUCUCACACGCCUGUAGAACCACAUUAAUGUCUUCUAGAACCUUCCCACUGGUUUCUUUUGUGCAUUGAACUCUAACAAUGGUUCUAGAGGUUUUCUCUAUAUUAAGUACCAAGUUCGAUAUCACACAGCUGUUCCUAAGCAGGGUUCUACAAGGUUGUAAUUUACAAUUUCACCACUAAUGUCACUACACUUGACACACUUAACCUCUAGAACCUCUGUUAUUGAGCUCUAGAGCACAGUGUGGUUCUCCAGAGAACACUUGUUCCAUUUCAAGGGUUCUAACAUCAAAUCCACACUUUCCCUUGACGUUAAACAUUUGCUCCAUCAUGUGGUUCUAGAUAAGUCCUAGAAUAUUAAUACCUUGAGAGAACAGUGACCUGUCGGCGUAGAACACGUGUGAACAGGGACAAACUCUGUGUAGUGGAGAUGCUUCUCUUACCUGUCAGAGUUUCUAUGGAGUUGGUCCUAAAGGAUCAUUCUGCUGGUUUCAUGUUUCAACUGUAAUUCCCUGCUGAUGAUGACUGACUGAUCUUUAGGUCGUGUUCCUGUGUCACUUUAUAGUUCUUAAACUUGACAUGUGGUAAAUGACUCAUCCAAUCACCACCCAGUCUCAAACCAUCGAUGAUUCAGGAGCUGUCCCAGUGACUGAUCAGGUGACUCCUGGUUGGACAAAGGAAAACAAAGACGUUAGAAGACGUCCUCGUUGACCUGGUUCACUGUGUGCUGAUGUGUGGGACAACGGAUGGUAAAUAACUAAAUGCUGUUGAUGCAGCUGCAGCACAUGGUUUCACUUGUCCUGGUCCCGCCCACAGGUCCAGCUGAGACAGCUCGAGGACGCUCAUCUCGGAAAGACAUCGGAGCCGAAACAUGGAACCAGCCGUGUUCAGAGAGUGUCAGAAACAUGGAUGUUCCAGAACACUGCAAACUCAGACCGACUUCCCUCUGUCAAUAAAACCUUGUUUCGUCAAGCA